AUGGAGCUGGUAAAUUUGAGGGUGGAAGUUGCAGGGAAGGUGGAUGAAGUUGACAAGCUCUGCAUGGAUGCAGGAGGCAGCACCAAUGCAGUCAUCGAUGCAGCACACCUGCGAGUUCACACUGGGGAGAGGCCAUUUAUUUGUUCCAUGUGUGGGAAGGGAUUUAUUCAGUCAUCCCACCUGAUAAUACACCAGCGAGUUCACACUGGGGAAAGGCCAUUCACCUGCUCUGAGUGUGGGAAGGGAUUCAUCCAUCCAUCCAACUUGCAGAAACACCAACGUGUUUCCACUGGGGAGAGGCCUUUCAUCUGUUCUGAAUGCGGCAAGGAAUUCACUAAAUCGUCCCACUUGAUGAGGCACCAGCGGAUUCACACCGGGGAGAGGCCCUAUACCUGCUCAGACUGUGGGAAGGGAUUCAGUAACUCAUCCCAUCUGAUCAGACAUCAACGAGUUCACACCGGGGAGAGGCCGUUCACCUGCUCAGAGUGCGGGAAGGGAUUCACUCACUCUUCUCACCUGCAGACACACCAGCGAGUGCACACCGGGGAGAGGCCGUUCACCUGCUCUGAGUGUGGGAAGGGAUUCACUCAUUCAUCGCACGUAAUGAGACACCAGCGAGUGCACACCGGGGAGAGGCCGUUCACCUGCUCGGAGUGUGGGAAGGGAUUCACUCAUUCAUCCCAUGUGAGGAGGCACCAGCGAGUUCACACCGGGGAGAGGCCGUUCACCUGCUCUGAAUGCGGGAAGGGAUUCACUCAGUCGUCCCACCUACAGACACACCAGCGAGUUCACAAUGGAAAACUGUUAGAUCAGCUGCCUGCUGGAUACUUAACCAUCACAGAUUCUGAACCCAGAGGCAAAUUGAAAAGCAACACACACAAUGCUGGAGGAACUCACUAGGCUAGGCGGCAUCUGUGGAAAAGAGUAAAUAGUCAACGUUUCAACUGAGACCCUUCAUCGGGACUGUUCAAAAGUGACUUUGGAUGUCGAAUGAUUGCUGCUACCAGUCUGCACCCUGGUCACCGGGCCUGGGAGGAGUCUUGAACUCUGACGUUCACCUUUAAUGGGACUGGAGUUUAAUAUUGUGGAUCUGUGACAAAUAAACGAAUUCCAUUUUAAACACUGUCUCAGGUACUUCGGCAUACCCAGUGUACAGUAGUGAGUCAGCUCACCCAACUGGUCCCUGCCUAUGUUUCUGUUCCACGACAGUCCUUUUAUAUCCAGCCCCGUUGUUCACCUCUCACUCUCCCUGUGGUGAUGGGCUUCAAACUGUCAAAGUCUGUCGGUGAAGAAGUUCCCCUUGUAUUUCCUGGAUGUCUUUCCGCAGCUCCUUGCAUGCAGUUAUCUCUGAUAUGUUCGUUACCCCUCAGAUCUCUGUGUGGUUACAAUACACCGCUGUCGUCUAAAGCUGGAAAGCAGAGUGGGGAUGUUGAGGAAACAGAGACGGGUCGGCACUGGGCAGGGUUUGGGUCUCUGGACAAUAUCCUCUCAUCCAGCUGGAGACGCCCUCCUGCUUUGUCUCGGAAAUGGAGUUUUCUGUCCGGAGAGGGCUCCGGCACGUCCUCGCUGGAGACCAGGAGCUCUACUGCUUCCGGUAUGGGAGGGACUCACCGCAUUGUCUGAGCUGGUGAGUCACCAGAGCUUAUAGCAGGGAGAAGUCUCCCACCCUGCCGUGUGGGAACGGGGGGGAGGGGGGGGGGGGCGGUCGAGCUGGUAACGCCAGCCGGUUCACACCGUGGAGAGGCCAGUCGCCUGCUCUGUUUGCGGGAGGGGAUGUACUCAGCUGUCCAACCUGAAGAUAGAUCGGGAGAUUCACACCGGGUCGGGGCUGUUCACCUGCUGAGUACGUGGGAAACAGUUUGCCAAGCUGUCCCACCUUGUGAGGCGUCAGACGGUUCACUCAGAGAGGCCGCACCCCUGUCCUGUGUGAGGAGACAGGUUUACCUGGUCAAUCCUACCUGCUGAAACACCAGCAAGUUCUGACAGGGCAGGAGGAAGUUUAAGUAACUCUACGAUGAAUUUUUAACCAUCACAUUUGCAAGGUUAAGAGUGACUGUUGUCGGAUUCUGCAGUUGUAGCUGCUGUUCAUCACCAGAUACAGGACGGUGUGUUCUGAUGGCAAUAGCGUUUAAUUGGACUAGGGUUUGAUGUGGAUCUGUGAUAAAUAAAAUCAGCUAUGU